GAGGACUUGGGUUAGAAACUGCACGGGUUUAAUAUACAUCAGUGUUGUGCAUGUGUGCUUUCGAGGCGAGGGAAGUCGGCUCCAGAGUUUCUGGCAGAGGCGGGCGGCUGCCUUGGCACUAGGACGGUCCGGAGCGGUCUUUUGAGGGAGUCCUUGAAUAAAGCUGCCCAGGACUCAGGAGUGUAGGAAGUUUGCGGAGAAAGCAACAGUGACAGACGGGAAUAAGAGAUUGAGAGCAGGGUUGAUGAGCUGUCCAUUUGCUGGUUUGCAGACUUGUUUUGUUCUUCAAUACGAUGUAGUUAUUAGCUAUAGCAUUCUCCAGAAAGUGGAGUUUCUUUGAGGAGCAAACGGAAUGUUGCAAAGUGGAUGUCACUUAUGAAAGUGUCCUGUGUAGUAUAGUCAUGGAUGUAGACCACAUUUUUUGAUUGAUCUUCAUACCAGCACUUCCCUGCCAUUUGAGCUCGGAUUUCGUUCUGCCGCAACCAGGCGUGUGCGCCAAUCCACGCUGCACAGAAAACGAAUUGUGGACAGAGAUGACUUUCCAAUCUCCUGGGAAUGGUGUAGCCAUGAUGGAAGUCCCUUCCGCAGGACCAGAAUUGUCCUCAGUGCAUUUAGAAAGGAAGAUCAGCCGCUCGGGGUCAGCUACUGAGAAUGGGGCUCCAGGUGCCCUGAUGAGUCUGCUGGGGCAUGACCACCUUGUUCUGAUUCUAGAGCGGCUCUCCAUACGAUCGGUGCUUUCGUUUGGAUUGACAUGCAAGCAAGGAAUGGAGUUGGCGUGCUCGGAUGCGGUCUGGGCGUCACUGUGUCGGAGGGAGUGGGGUUCGCAGGCCGCCGAGGUGGAACCAAUUGUGAACCGUGUGAAGGGCGGAUGGAAGGAAAUCUGCCGCCAGCUGUCGACACUUCAGUCAGCGCACUGGCAGCAGCUCCCCUCGGGUGAGCAGGGCCCCUGUCGCAGGGCCUCGCACAGCCUGCUGGUUGCUGAUGGGAAGCUCGUAACUAUAGCAGGGGGAUGCGACGGAGGCCGCGAUCUCGACGACACCUGGAUCGCCGACCCGGGCCCCCUCAUUCAGCGCCCCGACGACCCGCCCUCGCUGACGUGGCACCUCGCCUCUGCCGGAGAGGUCCCCGGGCGCUUCGGCCAAUGCAGCGUUGGUGUCCCCGAGCGUCAUACCAUCGUCAUUUUCGGCGGGAUCAACGACCGGGGGCUCCGCUUGAACGACACAUGGGCGUUUGACGAUGUAGCGGGCCGCGGGAACGCCACCUGGCGCAAGCUGAUCCUUCCGCAGGCGCCGGCGCCGAGGGGUGCUCCGGGGGGAUGCUUCGGCGGGGACCAAAAGGUGGUCGUGUUUGGAGGCCUGUCGCAGGACAACGCGCGGUAUGCUGACACGUGGAUCUUGGAUUUCGCGCUCGAACCGCUGAGCUGGCGGAAAGUGGAGACAGACUCCGGGCCGCAGGCGCGGUCCGGGCACACAAUGACGUGGCUCGGGGACGGGCGGAUUGUUCUUUUCGGGGGGCGGAACAUGGUGUUUGAGAUGCUGAACGACGUGUGGGUGCUGGACAUGAACGCCCCAGGGGGACCGAAGUGGCAGGAGAUUUGGUCCCCCGAAAGGUAUCCCAGUGAUGACGCACCGGUUGCGCGGUCGGGGCACACGGCGACGGCGGUGCUCGGGGGAAAAGUGAUCGUAAUUGGGGGGGAGGAUAUGAGCCGAAACCGGAAGGGCGACGUGUGGUUGCUGGAUCCCGAUGCAGGCUCAGCUCCGGAGAAACCACUCGAGGCGGAAUCGGCGCAUACGGCAAACGGGGCGGGGGAGACCUUACUGGACGGCCCGCUGACCCUUGGCGGGGCGCCGAUAGAAAAUGGUAAUCUGGACACAGCGGGGGUAGUCCCGGAAGUAGCAACGACACCCCCCCGAAAAGUGUGGCAGCGGUUGGCGGUGGCAGGGCCAAGCCCGAGCCGGCGGUCGUUUCAUGCCGCAGUGCGGCUGGCGGGAUCGUCAAUUCUUCUGUUUGGGGGGAUGGUCGACGGGGAGCUUUUGCCGGGGCAGGCUGGGGGGCUAAAGUUUGACGACGAGUUAUGGCUGCUGAACCUGGUCGGGUGACAUGUCACCGGGGCGUUGUUGCCAGUCGCUAUUGAGGAAGGAGGGCAGGAGGGUUGCGGAGGGUGAGCGCUUCACACAUGUCUGAUCGGUGCAGCGAAAUCAGGAAUAAGAAAUGAACGAUCCUUAGAAACGGAGGGCCUAGGAAGCAGCUUUUGCUGAAGGGCGUUACUUAUUAGGGUGCGGCAACCAAAAGUGCUGAAAAACGUCUAGCUGACUCGAUUCGUGCACCAGUGUUUGGGUGUGGAUUUGGAGUUGCGUGGUUUUUAUGUGCAUCUCGAAUUGCUCCUCCUUCACGGCUGCAAUGAGGAACGCGGCCCAAGCUUUUGACGUCUUAGGCUGGUUAUGGUGACACGAACAUGCUCACUUUGGUCAAAGACCAGGUUAAAUAGAGGUAUGGUACCGCUGAUUUUCAAUACGAGCUCGCACUGACCUUACCAUAGGGCCAAGCGCUAAAAGGCACAUAUCAAUUGUCUAGUCUAUCUCCGAGUAAUGUAAUGUGCACAAAAGAGAUGGAAGUGGUUCCUGAAGAUUCAGUUGGAAUUGAUCCCAG